CGAGGUGUCUAGGGCCUGGAGAUGGGGCCAGCUGCCUGCCUGCCCCCUACCCCAGGUUGGGCGCCGCUAAGGGCUGGAGCGCCUCUGGGCUCCGGAAUCGCCCGCAGCCGGUACUGCGGAACCCACUGCGGAUAUGGCUGUCUUGGCUGGAUCCCUGUUGGGCCCCACGAGUAGGUCGGCAGCGUUGCUGGGUGGCAGGUGGCUCCAGCCCCGGGCCUGGCUGGGGUUCCCAGACGCCUGGGGCCUCCCCACCCCGCAGCAGGCCCGGGGCAAGGCUCGCGGGAAUGAGUAUCAGCCGAGCAACAUCAAACGCAAGAACAAGCACGGCUGGGUCCGGCGCCUGAGCACGCCGGCCGGCGUGCAGGUCAUCCUUCGCCGAAUGCUCAAGGGCCGCAAGUCGCUGAGCCAUUGAGGAUCGCGACGCAGUCGGCGGGACCCCCAUGGAAGCAUCGCCCUCGCCUCGGACCUUGCCUGGCGCUAUUUUUGCAGGGAGCUGGGGAGCAGGAACGCCUCGGACCUGAGUGCUCUCCAUAUUGUGGGGUUGAAGUCUGGAUGGGAGCUUGCCAAGUCCCUUUUUAGGCUUUUUAAUUAGGAAGCAUUUCGAACCUGCGCAACAGACCAAAGAACAGUACAACGAACAUCCGUGUACCCAGUACACAGCCCUGACUACCGACUACCUACAACCCGUCCCUGCCCCAUCCUGAGUUCUUUUGAAGCUGAUCUCAGGCAUCGGAUUAUUUCUUCUGUAAAUAUUUCAGAAUGUAUCUCUCCAAGAUGAGAGCUCAUUAAAAGAUAAUUACAAAGCUUAUCACAGCCAAAAGAAUUAUCAAUAAUUUUGAAAUAUUAUUAAACGUGUAAUAAAUAUUCAAAGUUC